UAGCAGAGAAGCCAGCACCAUACACCAACGUGAUCAUGCCCAGUCUCUUCAGCAUCAUCUGUUUCCUGGGCAUUGUGGGGAACCUCAUUGUCAUCUACACUAUCGUCAAGAAGAAGAAGUUGAGAUGCAAACAGACCGUGCCUGACAUUUUCAUCUUCAACCUCUCCAUUGUGGACCUCCUCUUCCUCUUGGGCAUGCCGUUCCUCAUCCACCAGCUCCUAGGUAACGGCUCAUGGUACUUUGGAGCUCCCCUCUGCACCAUCAUCACUGCCCUGGACACAAACAGCCAGAUCACCAGCACCAACAUCCUUACAGUGAUGACACUGGACCGUUACCUGGCGACUGUCUACCCUCUAAAAUCUACCUAUGUCCGGACCCCAUGUGUUGCAGCUCUAGUUAUCUGCUUGGUGUGGCUCCUCUCCUUCCUGACCAUCAUUCCCGUGUGGAUGUAUGCAGGUCUUAUGCCUCUGGAGGAUGGGACCGUCCGCUGUGCUCUCUUGCUUCCCAACCCAGAGACUGAUAUCUACUGGUUCACCCUCUAUCAGUUCAUGCUGGCAUUUGCUGUGCCAUUGAUUGUGAUCUGUGUGGUCUAUUUUAAGAUCCUCCAGCACAUGGCCACCACUGUGGUCCCAUUGCCUCAACGGAGCCUCCGGGUACGUACGAAGAAAGUCACCCGCAUGGCAGUCGCCAUCUGCUCUGCCUUUUUUAUUUGUUGGGCUCCCUUCUACAUCCUCCAGCUGGUUCACCUUGGCAUCGACACGCCAUCCAUGGCCUUCUUUUAUGCCUACAAUUUUGCCAUUAGCUUGGGCUAUGCCAACAGUUGCCUCAACCCCUUCCUCUACAUUGCCCUCAGCGAGACCUUCAAGCGCCAGUUCUUAGUGGCCAUCCGCCCUGCAGAAGAGCCAUGUCGCAACAGCAGCUCUGUCAACAACAGCAUGACAGAGGCCAGUGUAUGUCUGAAAAUGGCACCAGAAUCCACCCAGCAGACUCAGUUUCUGGAGGACUUUUCCCCACGUUCACUGCCUGUGACUGUUCACUAG